UCAACGAUCGAUUCAUAUAAAUAUAUAUCGGGAUAUAUAUUAAAUCAGGAUAAUCAUAGCAAGGAUUAAUCUACUCAGCAUGCAGUUAAUAUCAACUCAAAUCUUGUUGGCCAUUGCCACGUUGUUCGUUUUGGCCCAGGCACGUCCUCAAUAUGGCUAUGAGCAACCGCAGGCUGGAGAUUUACUCGUCGGAGGAAUUGGUCUAGGCAAUCCCGGCCAGAGUCAGCUUGUUGGCCAAUUGCCACUGUCACAUCGUGGCGGUGAUAAAUAUUUGCCACCGGCAAGCACCACACAAGCCCCGAUAAUCAAUAAGAAAUUCUAUUUGGUCUCUGCCCCCGAGGAUCACAGCAAUGACGGCAAGGUGAAGCAUCUUGUGCUGGGCAGGGCACAAAAGAAUUAUCGUGUUGUGUUCAUCAAGGCGCCAGCUGGUGAUAAUGCCAAUGUGAAAUAUUCGGCUGAGUUUGCACCACAGGAGGAGAAGACGGUCAUCUAUGUGCUGAGCAAGAAGGAUAACGAUCUCGAUGCUGGCGAUAUUGCGACCCCAGCUCCAACACAGCCCAGCAAGCCGGAGGUCUUCUUCAUCAAAUACAAGACCGACGAUGAGGCGACUCAGGCACAGAAGGAGAUCCAGGGACAAUACGAUAAGCUCGGUGGCACCAAUGAGUUCCAGGAGGAUAACAAUGCUCCAAUCACCUCAGUCAUUGGUAGCCUCGAUGGCCUCAAUCCCGAUGGCAGCUACAACUAUCGUCAGAUCAAUCGUCCUGCAGGUCAUCCUCCAAGUGCCCAAUAUCUGCCCAGUGGACUCAAUCAUUAAGAGAACGAUAGGUAGACUCCUUAACCAAUCAAUCUCCUCACCUGCACCUGCACCUGAUCCUGAUCCUGCUCCUCCUCCUGCUCCUGAUCCCCUCAAUCCAAUCCGUCUAUCGACUCUUGUUGUGUUGUUUAGUUUUAAGCACCGAAAUAUUUUUUUGUUCAAAUUUUUUGUU